AUGUCUGGCCCAAGCCCACGUUCGAUGCUCAACGUCCAGAGUCCCGAUUCCGACGUCUCGCCUAAGUCUCCGAUGCAGUCCUCUGACCAGACAAAAACGGACUACUUCUCCAUCGAGUCUUCUUCGCAGGCGCAAUCGCAGUCGCAGUCGCAGAGGAAAGACGAGGAGACCAAGACCAACGAUGCAGAGCCAUUGAGCCGUGCGACCACACUUUCAAGCUUCGCAAGUCCUUCUCCCCUCGAAAGCGCAACAGGGAGCUUCUCUGCUGAGUCAUCACGGACCGAGUCGUAUGGAGGAAGGCCGAGAGGAUCAUCGAUAGCCUCGCUGAGCUUUGCACCGCCGCGGAACCCGUCGCUGCCUCAGGGCAACCAGAAGAAGACGAAUAAGGAGCGUAUCAGGGCUUCAUCGCCACCACCCGAAAGGUAA